AUCCUCUUCCCCCUCUCCUAUCAUGAAACAUGCUAUGGAAGCAAAAACAAACGAUCCAAAAAGUUGCAAUGAUGUAAUAGAACGGAGACUCAGUUACUAAAAGAGUAAGAUAAUAGAUAACCAAGGACAAGCAGCAAAACCAAAACCUAAAAGGGACAGAACCCCCAAAUCCAUUAACGUGGCUUAGCAUAAACCCUAAAAUGCGUAGAUUUAAAUCUGUUGUCUUUUCUGAUUUGAGUUCCAGUUUCAUUGUACAGCUUCUAGCUUCUGCAACUCAAACCAACAAUCUCGCUUGCAAGGUAAUGUCUAAUUCCGUGACGAAGAAAGUUAAAGUUACUGAUGAUGUACAGAAAGACAUGCUCAGCGAUUUACCCGAUUGCAUUAUCCUUCACAUACUCUCUUUUCUGAGGACCAAACACGCCAUUAGAACUGGCAUUUUAUCUUCAAGAUGGAAGCAUCUCUGGAAACGUCUUCCAGCUCUUAUACUUUGGAGAUCAGAUUUUCAAUGUUAUAAUAUAUUCAUAGAAUUCAUGCGUAAGGUUUUAUCUCUUCGCGAUUCCUCUGUGUCAUUGCACACUCUCGACUUUGAGGAUAUAUCUCAUCUCUUGGAGCCUCACAUACUUGAAUGGAUUGUGAAUUAUGCUAUUUCACACAAUGUUCAACGCUUACAAUUUAGUAUAACUAGUGUCGUCGAACAAAUUCCUCUUACCUUACUAUCAUCGCAGACUUUAACACAUCUUAACCUUUCAGUUUGUUAUGAAUGUAAAAGCCUGUUUCCAAAAUCUCUCAAUUUGCCAGCAUUAUCUACCUUGGAACUAGGCAAUUUUACAUUUUAUAAAGACUCUGAACCAUUUUCAACCUUUAGUAGGUUGAAAAGUUUGCUCAUUUCUGAUUGCAACGUGGAAGGCGCAGGAACCCUCUGCAUAUCAAGCGCAACCCUCGUCAAUUUUACGAUGCACGUUGAGUCAGACUUAGACAACUAUUAUAAAAUUGAUCUUUGCACUCCGAGUCUUUCUACAUUUGCUUUUCGUGGAUAUCCUUAUCAGGAUAUCUCUGGUAGCAAUAUUUCUUCUCUUAAACAUGUAGAUAUUGACGCAGGAGUAUUUCCAUAUAGACUUGAUGGGCCUCCUUUGUUUCUGUUCAAUUGGCUCCCAGAAUUUGCUAAUAUAAAAUCAUUGACAGUCACUGCAAGUACUCUCCAGGCUCUCUCCUUAGUUCCUGAAUUGUUGGAGUUUAAGAUUCCUUUCAUGUGUAAAUUGAAGUUUUUGAAAGUGAAAAUUGAGGAAAUUGAAUAUGAACUUCGCAUGAUGUUGCGCGAUGUCAAGUUACUGAACGUCGAGUCAAAGAAAGAAGCUGCCAGGAUACAGGAAGCAUUUAAUUUAGGAUUGGAACCGUCUCCGCUCGUACCUGAUGAAAUUGUGGACUUCUUGCUUCAAAAUUCACCCUCAGCUAAAGUUGACUUGGUUGAUUGCAGACAAAAACCUCUUAGACGGAGAUUAUAAUUGGUACCUGCCAGGUUGUUAUAAUCUUUCAGACAAAGGAUGUCCUUACUGCAAAACUCCUGAUAGAAGAUAUUAAGUGAUCCAUUAUAUGAAGGGCUAUAGACAUUGGUCCCUUUGUCGGAAAUUACUCAUGUCGCUCUAGAAGCAAUGAUACAAGAUUGUUAAGUUGGGUAAUGAGUUUGUGUUAUUAAUGUUUGGAAAGUUGGGAAGUGCCAAUUUUUUUUUUAUGCAUUUAUGUUCUUUGACGAUUUUCCCUGAGUUUGUGGGUUGUUCAUUGAGAUCAAAGCCUCGUUAUACAAAGAUUAACGCUUAUUUGAUCAUUUAUUUUGCAGGCUAUUUUGAAUAUAUGUUUUGUGAUGUGGUAGUUUCACAUUUCCAAGAUUGUUUCAAUUAGGAUUUAAAUCCGAGUACUCUUAAUCAAUUUGUAGGUUUAGCUAUAGUGACCUAGAGAUAAAAAGUAAUUUUAAAAGGUCAUAUGCAAGAAAAAUGAUGUCAAUUUAAUAAAAUUUGAAUGAUAUGUUAUAAGAUUUGAAUUAAAGGUUAAUGUUAUUGUGAGUGAAAUACUAUUUGUCAAAUCAUCCCAUCACACUAGAAUUUGUCCUAUUUGUUGAUUAUUGUUGUUGGUAAAACAUUCCUACAGAAUGUUCGGUAGUGUCAGGUUUGGACUGUGAUCAUACAUUCAUACUAGAUGUAUUGCGUCUGUGUUUAUAUGCAUCUGUUGCUACAAGUGGGAUUGGUGGCUAGAGAUGGUCAUAAAAGAUUCAUGAUAAAGCUUAUAUGUUGCAAUGUUUUCCCUCUCUGAUUUGUAAUCAAUAAAGAUAUCAUAUCCCAUGAUUUUGUGCUACCAAAUGUAUUGUUCCUGCGUUUGAAUUGUUUGAUUGGUGACAAAUUUAAGGCUCUUUUGAUCAAUUUGGAUGAUGAGCUUGUCUCUCAAUAUAAUGUGGAAAUAUCAUCAUUUAAAAAAUAUGACAAUUUAAAGUAAAAACAGGUGACAUAGAGAAAAUAUCUGCUGACAUAUCAUAUACGAACUUCUAAAUAAUUCAUGAUUCAAGUCAUAAAUGGCAAGAGAAAAGUGGCAAGAUAUAUUAAC